AACGCUGCCAUGCGUACAUAUGCUAUGUUGACAGUGUAAAAUGAAGGUAAAGGUGAGCAUACUGUUAUAUUGUUAUAAUUAGCCCUAUAGAAACUACUUUAGUAGAGGGGCGUGAAGUUGCUAUCGUUGGAAUUUGGGCCGUGGCAUAUUAAUGUCUGCCAGUGUGCUUUGUCAACGGGCGCUAAGGCUAUGGCACCUCAGAGGGUUAAGGACAAACUGUACUUCGAUUCAACACUUUCAUAGCAAAACACAGAAUGAAACUGAGGAACAACAGACAAAAAAGGAAGCAUUUCAGACAAAAGAAGCUUCCGUAUUGCAAUUGUACAAGCUGCAUUACAACCCAUCUUCAUAUCAUCACAAUGCAUGGAACUCUGCACCUUCCAUCAUUCAAACGGAUGAUGACGAGGAUGGAUGGAACAUCAGAACAGACACACAUUCCCCCUGGCAAGAGAGCAAAUCCUACAGAAUCAACCACCAGAGACACCUUUCCUGUAUACAAAACACAACUGACAAUUCAGCUUUAGACAACGACUCUGAAGCAGAGAGCUCCUCAUUGUCACCAGUUGAAGGAAAUGUUAUAUCUACAAAUUUUAAUGAACUUGCACGCAGUUUUCAAAAAUGUCGGCCACAGUAUGCUGACAUCACCAUAGAUCUCACCCAAAGGCCUCAGCAGAUUGAAUUGGAGGAGGCCUUCUCAGUGCUGAAAAGAGUUGGCAGUUCAAAAUCCUGCAUGAAACCAUCCCAAGUGUCUCACUUCCUUUUUGAACUCAGUCACUUGAAUCCAGACAAAAUGCCAUUGCUGAAGAGUAACACCCGAUUCAUCAUGCUUCUCCGAAACUCUGUGGAAAACCUGCCCCACUUCACUGACCUGGAGCUCCUGGAAGUGCUGCAGUCUUUUGUGUGGCUGGAUAUGUCAUCUGCCCACUCUAUGCUCUGGUUGUAUGAGACAGAACUAAAACGCAGAGUCAAACACAUGACUCUACACCAGUUACUGUUAGCUGCUGAUAUAUGGCGAUGUAUCGGCAGAAAAGUCCCCAAGUUUCUGCAGUGUUUAUAUGAGUUAGUCCCAUUAAAAAAAGAACAGAUAGGCAUCUCUGAAUUAAUCCAGUUGUUUUACAUAGUUGGAGAAGGACGACAUUGCCCCAAAAGCUUAAGUGAUCUUCUUGAGAAGCUUUUACUAAAUAAUUUACAAUUUCUACAUCCAGAAGAAAUUGGAAUUGUAUGCUUGGGGCUAUUUAAAUCUAAAACUCAAAUAUCUCACACUACGGUGACAUGUAUUGUUGAUAAGGCACAUUCUUGUGUAAAAGAAAUUAGUGACUUUGCCCUGGUCAACGUGAUGAAGUUGUUACGCUUCAGUUACAUGUAUCAUAUAGCUUGGAUGGAAGCAAUGGAAGAGGAAGUUCCCCGUCGGGCUCCUGAAAUGUCUAUCCCUGGAAUGAUGCACGUGGCCUUGACCUGUUCAUCAGUACAUUAUCGCAACAGUCACAUUCUUACCGCUAUUGCAGAACAAAUUCCCUCACUAGCGCCACACUGCAGAACUAAAGACACAUGCAAACUGCUUUGGGCUUUUGGCAACCUUAGGUUUUACGCAGAUAAGAAAUUAAUGUUCUACUCCACCCUGAUAGAAGCCAUGAGGCAAAGAAAGGCAGAGUUUCGACAUUAUCCUGAGCAUCUCCUUACUGGUCUCCUAGGCCUGGUCUUUGUGUCACAAUUCCCAAGGGAUCUAAUCACAUUAGUUUUGAGUCCUGAAUUUGUCAAAGUAGCACUUAAUAAUCCAAAGCUGGACCUGAAAAAUGACUUGUUCCUUCUGGAUGGAGCCGUGGCUCUGGAAUUUCCCCGGUCGACUGGUCCUAGACUUUGCCCGAAACUGAGGAAGGAGGCUGCUGAGCAGUGUUUGGCAUUUGCUCAGUCCCAUUCUUACCACAGACCUGAGGUUCUGGAGGCAGAGUCUGUUCUGCAAGAGCUACUUGGAGGAGAGCAAUUUGUGCGGAAGACAAUGAUUUUGCCCUUCACCCGUACAAUUGACCUGGAAGUACAUCUCGACUCCGAACAUCGACAGAUACCCAUUAAUCUCACUUCCAACUCCAUCGACUUAAAUCCUGAAAACAGUGCACCUAAAUCGUCUGUAAGCCAAAGUCGGGAGACGACAUUCAAAGAAGUAAGUGUAACUGAGAAACUUAUAGAACAGCUAACGCUCUCUAAAAGCUCCUCAAAACCGGCAACCUCAGCUCCAAAAGAUCCCACAAGUGACUUUAAACAAACUCUUCCAAAUGUCAGUGACCCAGGCCAAGCAACACGUGAUGCUAAAGGUGUUGUAAAACUUGCAAUCCAGGUCUCCAACAAGAAUCACCACAUCAUUAAUUCGUACAGCUUUUUGGGCAUUCAUGCACUGAAAAGGCGACUUUUGAAGUUGGCCGGAUACAGAGUUGUCGAGCUCAUCUACCCCGAAUGGACUCCAUUGUUGAAGAAAAGCAGGACUGAAAGGCUGAUUUAUGUGCACUGCAAAUUAUUCCAGAAUACUGAGAAACUGAACUAAGAAUCAAACAAACACAAAUACUAUGAGGACGAUGCGGUCUGCCUGACUGAUUUGUGUUAAGUGGAAAAAAAAUAGACAGAUGUUGCUUUGUGGAAUUGUAAUAUGUAUAAGCGUGUAAAAUACUCAUUAAAAUAUUUAAUUGCA